AUGAAAGAGAGGCUCCAUGCUAUUUUAUUGGAACUUUUUGCUAGUGAGACAUUUCCUCAGGAAAUUUGGUCGAAAUUUUUCUUUUCAAUCAAAUGCUUCGCUAGCAAAAAGUCUAAAUGAAAAAUGCGCCGAAAGAAGGUCAAAAGGAUAAAGAAUUCACAUCCAUCCUCUACGGCUGCAUGGAAAACUGUUGCGAAAAAUUAUUUACCACGAAAUUUAACUUAAGACGUCACAUAGAGACAGCCCAUAAAAAGACGACAGAAUUCACAUGUUUAACCUGUAUGAAAACUUUCGCGAGCAAGCAAAAUUUGUGUGAGCAUGAAUACCUUCACACAGGUGAUAAGCCCUUUAAAUGCAAUGAUUGUCAUAAGUUAUUCAGGCAGUUAAGCCAGUUAUCUCUCCAUAAGAGAAUUCAUUUGAAGCCAACUUGUGGCCUUAAUACAAUGAAUUUUAAUAAAGGGAUAAAAGAAAGAAAAUGGAAAGUGUUCAAUCUUAAUAGGUUCGAAGAAGACGAAGAAAAAGUCCAGGAAAGUGUUGAUAAUAUAGUGUCAACUUUUCCUCAUUUAGAAUCGAACAUUGAUCAUUUAAAACUCCCAAAGAUAUCGGAGAAUAUCAACAAUAAGGACUUUUAA